GGCCGGGGCGGCGGCGGGGGCGCCGUCGUGGGGCCGGGGGCGGCUCUGGCGGCCCGGGGCGCGGCCUGAGAUGGCCUCGGAGCUGGCCCUGAGCGGGGCCGAGCUGCCCACCAGCCCGCUGGCCAUCGAGUACGUCAACGACUUCGACCUGAUGAAGUUCGAGGUGAAGAAGGAGCCGGCCGAGGCGGAGCGUUUCUGCCACCGGCUCCCGCCGCCGGGCUCGCUCUCCUCCACGCCGCUCAGCACCCCCUGCUCCUCCGUGCCCUCCUCGCCCAGCUUCUGCGCGCCCAGCCCCGGCGGACAGCCCGCGCCCGGCCUCGGAGCCCCGACGGCCGCCGGAGGAGGAGGAGGAGGAGGCGGCGGCGGCAACGGCAACGGCGCCCUCGGGCCGGGCAAGGCGGCGGCGGCGCAGCUGGAGGAUCUCUACUGGAUGUCGAGCUAUCAGCACCACCUCAACCCCGAGGCGCUCAACCUGACCCCCGAGGAUGCCGUCGAGGCGCUGAUCGGAGCCCCCCACCACCCCGCCGCCGCCCACCACCACCACCACCACGGGCACCACGGCGGGCCGGGUGGCGGGGGCGCCCCCGGGGGCAGCUUCGACGGCUUCCGAGGGCAGCCCUUCCCGGGCGAGGAGCUGCCCCCCGGCGCCACCGGCCCCCACCCGCACCCGGCCCUGGGCCACCACCACCAUCACCACCACCACCACGGGCCGGGCGGGGCCGGGGGCGGCGGCCACCACCACCACCAUCACCACGGCCACCACCACGGGCACCACCACCCGGGCCACCUGCACGCGCGGCUGGAGGAGCGCUUCUCCGACGAGCAGCUGGUCUCCAUGUCGGUUCGCGAGCUGAACCGGCAGCUGCGGGGCUUCAGCAAGGAGGAGGUGAUCCGGCUGAAGCAGAAGCGGCGCACGCUGAAGAACCGCGGCUACGCCCAAUCCUGCCGCUACAAGCGCGUCCAGCAGCGGCACAUCCUGGAGAACGAGAAGUGCCAGCUGCAGGGCCAGGUGGAGCAGCUGAAGCUCGAGGUGACGCGCCUGGCCAAGGAGCGAGACCUCUACAAGGAGAAGUACGAGAAGCUGGCCGGGCGCGCCUUCCCCCCCGCGCCCCCCAACGGGGUCCGGGAGCCGCCCCCGCCGCCCCCCGCCCCCGCCAAGCCCGCGGACUUCUACCUGUGAGACGGGGCCCCGACGGGGCGGACCAGCGGGGCUCGCCUUGCCCGGCCCGACGGAGGAAGAAGACGCGGGCGCAGCGCUUGGAAGGAGGAGGGGAUCCGCCUGACACCCCCCCCCCCAGUCUGUCUGUCCGUCCGCCUGGACGUGUGGACCCUCCGACGGCACCACAGAUGGCCGCCUCCGCCCGGGCCCCUCUGGACGGAGAGAGACUGACCGCGCAGCACGGACGGAUGGAAAGGAGCCGCUUGUCGUCGGCCCAGCCGGGCGAAGGACGCUUCGACGGAGACCCCCCCACUCCUUUCUUCUUCUUCUUCUUCCCCGGGGACCCCUGCAUGCCGGCCAUGUAUGGGAUUUAGCCCGCCUCGCGCCUCUUCCCCCGACGGGGCGCCCUGCACCUGGCGAGACCGCCUCCGUCCGGCUCUCGCUCCUUCCUUCCUUCCUUCCUUCUCUUUCGACGGGGCGGCCCGGGGCGCCCACUUUGCCGGCGGGGGACUCGGCUCGUUCGGCCUCGGAAGCUGGGUUGAGUUUUCUUUGCCUUUUUAUCUGCCCCCAUUCCCCCCCCCCCCACCCUCCAAAUUCCUGAUCUGUGUGUCUGUCUGUCCUUUUUUUAAGACGGGGAACUGAGCCAAUUAACUUAUUAAAAGUGUCCACUUGUACAGCGGUCGCCUUUGCCCCCCCUCCUCUUCUCCCUUCCCCCCCCCCCCGCCCCCACCCCCGAUUUUCUCCAGCCUUCAUUUGCUUGGUGUUUAAACGAAAAGAGAAAAAAAAAAACGAACUUCAAACACGAGUCUUAAAUAAAAGUUUGUAUGUAAUAGCAUGCAAAUAAUAUAAGAAUUAAUUUAACGAUGAUGUUGACAGAGCCGAAUGCACUAUAUACAGUAAAUUGGAUUAAAAUAAUGCUGUUUGUUUUAUAGAGAUUUAAAAUUAUCUAUGCUGUUUAAAACAAUUAUUUGGGAGGGGAAAAAUUAAACACUCCUUUAAGAUGAUUUGAAAGGCAAUAGAUGAAUAUAUGAGCUGCUAUAUUAAUGUUACAAAUACUAUGCACCAGAAUUAUUUAUUAAAUGUCAAGGAAGCGAAAUGCAAGUCGGAACCUUGAUUUAUAAAAUGCACACUUUAUUUAUUGCAGAAUCAACCCAGAAAAAAACCUUGCAGUUAAUGCUUUUCAAGGGAAAGCUUUACUGAACUGGAUUUGGGGUGGUGUUGUUUUUAAACGUUUAUUUAAAAAAUAAAAUAAAAAAAUGAAACCGUAAAGGAAUAAGGAUGCUAAAUGAAUAAUGGGCGUUUCUCAAAAGCCCAAAACAAUUUGUGAAAUUUUGGAAACUGGUGCAUUUUUAGGUGCGAGGCAUUUUAAAUGACCUUUCAAUUUUUGUGGUUUUUAACAGUUUCAUCUAGAUAAAAUCGAUUUUCCUCUGAAGCUUUGAUUCAGUUCUUAAUCUUUAUUUCUUUUUCCACAUCCUGCUCUUGAGCCAUGCAGGCAGUUACAACCUCAAACCAACUUAAUAUUUAUAUAUAGAUAAAUAUAUUUUUUGUUUAUUUGUCAUGAACUGUUUCUGUUUGUGUUCAGGCAUCCUAGCUUUCAUUUGCUACGAAACAAAAAAAAAUAAAUCUCUUUAGACAUAAA